UAAAUACGUGUUUAACGGUCAGAGAUGCGCUCUCCUGUAUAAUGGUAGCGUCCCCUGCGGCUCGCGAGCCUUCCUUUUCCGACUGAAGUAGCAGCCAUGAGCAUGCUCAGGCUCCAGAAGAGGCUGGCCUCCAGCGUCCUACGCUGCGGCAAGAAGAAGGUCUGGUUGGAUCCCAACGAGACCAAUGAGAUCGCUAACGCCAACUCCCGUCAGCAGAUCCGUAAACUCGUGAAGGAUGGUCUUAUCAUUCGCAAACCUGUUACUGUCCACUCCCGGGCCCGCUGCCGCAAGAACACGCUGGCACGCCGCAAGGGAAGACACAUGGGAGUCGGUAAGAGGAAGGGUACUGCCAACGCUCGUAUGCCAGAGAAACUCUCCUGGAUGCGUCGCAUGAGGAUCUUGCGUCGUUUGCUGCGUCGCUACAGGCAGUCUAAGAAGAUAGACAGGCACAUGUACCACAGCCUCUACCUGAAGGCAAAGGGUAAUGUGUUCAAGAAUAAACGCAUCUUGAUGGAACACAUUCACAAGCUGAAGGCAGACAAGGCUCGCAAGAAGCUCCUGGCUGAUCAGGCUGAGGCUCGUCGUUCCAAAACGAAGGAGGCCCGCAAGCGCAGAGAGGAGCGUCUCCAGGCCAAGAAGGAGGAGAUCAUCAAAACCUUGUCCAAGGAGGAGGAGAGCAAGAAGUAAUCUGGUUCUCUCUGUCCUGCCCGACUCUCCCAGUCCAACUCUGAAAAUAAAAGUGUACAUACAGUU